AUCCAUUCCCCAUAAUCCAUGGCAACGGAAGGCAACCUGAACGCAGCAAACCCCGCCUCAUUAAAAGUAGGGCACUGCUCGUCGGAUGCGUGUUCUCGAGGUGGAAUGGGAGGGGUAUGCGCUGAGUAGGUUGACCUAGCGAAUGGGCGGCGCUUGCUGGAGGCUACAGAGGCGUUGGGGAAAUACUCAUAGGGCAGAGAAAAAGGUGAACAUUGGGUACGGGGAAUAUUUACUAGUGGUGAACACAGUGAGACGGCUAUAUAUCACUGCGCGAGAUAAUAAGAAGCAUAAGUGGGACGACAGGACACUACGGAUUCAGUCUUGCUGUGAGUCACCUCAAGCUGAGAAUAGAGAAAGAGAGAAAAGGGGACUCCCGUAUAGGUACACCCAGCCAGGCCGGGGAAGACGUGUCUGAAGACCCAUUGGACCCUGGCCAUGGAGCAUCAAUACCUACAAGCAGCCAAUCGAUAUCAAGUGCUUCAGAAUGAGGAUGACUCCUCAGAAGCACCAACUGUAGAACAGCCUUCAACCUCUACGCAACCAUCUCAGGCUGCCCAAAACACAUCAUCUGUAUCAGAUGUCUCUCCUCCACCCUACAGCAGCAUUGUUGCUGGAACAACUACAGAUGCAGAAACAAGUAGUGACUUCUAUCCUGUGCCACCCCCCUAUAGUGUUGCAACUACACUUCCAACUUAUGAUGAAGCAGAGAAGGCAAAGGCAGCAGCAAUGGCUGCAGUAGCUGCUGAAGCACAAAGACACGGGCAAAUUAGAGAUUCUAGAAGUCUGUUUGAUGAAAUAUUCCUCAGCCCUACAGAGGAAGAGGAAUAUCCACCAAGGGAUGACUUCAGUGAUGCUGAUCAGCUAAGAGUGGGGAAUGAUGGGAUCUUCAUGCUGGCAUUUUUUAUGGCAUUCAUAUUUAACUGGAUUGGAUUUUGCUUAUCCUUCUGUAUAACCAAUACAAUUGCUGGACGUUAUGGAGCUAUCUGUGGGUUUGGGCUCUCUCUAAUCAAAUGGAUUCUGAUUGUCAGAUUUUCUGACUAUUUCACUGGAUACUUCAAUGGACAAUAUUGGCUUUGGUGGAUAUUCCUUGUUCUAGGUUUGUUACUAUUCUUCAGAGGUUUUGUCAAUUACCUCAAAGUGCGAAACAUGUCUGAAAGUAUGGCUGCUGCACAUAGAACACGAUUUUUCUUCUUAUAUUAGAGAUAGAGCCAACCAGACUUUCCCUUACCAAUGCGAUCCAACUAGUCUACUGUUCUGUUGAUUAUUGAUUAGAACACUAAUAUGAUGAUGAUGGUGCAGUACAGACGUUAAUGCUUUUCUGGCAGCUCAAUCAAUUGUUGUCUGUUUAAUAUUGUCCUUAUGUUGCACAUAUUGUAUGUGCUUGAUUUGCCUAGAGAAAAGCUUAAUUACUUACAAAUUUAAUUUGAAGGCUAAAAAUGGGACCUAUACCAGCAUGUAAGGGUUUUCCUUUUUACAACAAAGCAAAUAGUGAGCAAAGGUGUAACCAUUUUUUCUAAUUUACCUUGUUAUAUCCUUAUUGAAUUGCAUUACUGAUGCUGAAACAAAACGUGUAUGUUGCCAGUAUCGAAUAUACAGAAAUUAAACUUUAAAGUUUUGCCAAAAGAGUAACCGAUGUUCUUAAAUGAAAAAUGUCUUAAAUAUUGAAUUGACCAAGUCCUAGUGUUCUAGUAUCUGCUUAAAUUAAACUUAAUCCAAAAUAUGAAUAUAUAUUUUUUCUUAAAUAGCCUUAAUUUCUAAAUUUGGAUAGAACAAAUGUUUUUCAUCUUUCAAAGCUUUUAUUCUGAUCAAAUUGUGCCAUGCAAUUUAUUGUCCUCUGCAUAUGACAGCACGUCUUAUUUAACAGCAGUAUCUUUUACUUGCAGACAACUGAACAAAUAUACUGUAUUGCUUGUAAAUAUGAAUAGACCCAUCUCAGUUUAUCAGAUCAUUGCAAUAGACUCCAAGUCUACUGAACCUUUGCCAACGUUUUUAUGUGCCUUUGCAAAAAUUCUACAAGGGCUCUUCUACAUCUGCCGAGAUUUCCCAUGUGGCUUUUGGAAAAAAUAAAAGGCCAAAAUGGCAGUUUGCAGUUAGCCUAUACUGGCAUUGUGUUGACAAACAUGAUCAUGCCAGGGCCAUUCUUUUAGAAAUUAAAUUGUGCAGAAGGAGAACACAUAUCAGCGUUGUGUUUUUAAAUAUUCAGUAGUAUACAGAUUAGGAAAAGAUUCUUCUGGAAAAAGAUUCUUUUGUUCAUGCUUGAAGGAAGAUUUGCAAUAUUUAUUUUACUUGUUUCUGUGUUUUUCUUUUCGGUGUUUUAAACAGUUUUUUUUUUUUACUGCCAUAUAUGUUAAUCUUUGUGUGUCGAUUUUGUUUUGCAAUCUUUAAUCCACUUAAUACUGGGGAAAACUCAUCUCGUUAUGGCCUGACUUCUAAACUGCAAUUGCAUGAUUUAAAGAUAAAAUGUACCUUUCAUUAA